AUGUCUGAGAACGAUCCUACAGAAGCAUCCUCUUCGGCUAACGAUCUUUCAGAAGCAGCCACUGAAAAGACUUUCCCAAUUACUAUAUCAAAGCUACUGUCCAUGUUCAGCGAAGCUAAGACAAAUGAAAAGGUUUACGUGUUGAAUCCGCCAGAACUUGAAACUGUGGCAAAGUUGAUAAAGACGGGGGGAGCAAAGAAUAUUAUAGUAAUGGCAGGCGCUGGAAUAUCAACUGAUGCUGGUAUUCCGGAUUUUCGAUCGCCUGGUACCGGUCUAUACGACAAUCUUCAAAAAUAUGACUUGCCCUAUCCUGAAGCCAUAUUUGACAUGGAAUAUUUUCGGCUCAGACCAGAACCGUUUUUUGAACUAGCAAGAGAAUUAUAUCCAGGGAAAUACUUGCCAACAGCAACGCACUACUUUAUAAAGCUCCUUCAUGAUCAUCAAUUACUUCUCCGUUGCUUUACUCAGAAUGUAGACACUUUAGAACGCCUUUCUGGAGUACCCGAUCACAAAUUAGUAGAAGCACACGGUUCGUUUGCGGAAUCCAAGUGUCUUAAAUGUAAAAAAAUGGCAGAUCCAGUAUGGAUGCGAGAAGCGAUCUUGAGUGGUGAGAUUCCAAAAUGUCCACAUUGUCAGAAGGGCAUUGUUAAACCAUGCAUAACAUUCUUUGGAGAAUCUCUACCCGACAAGUUCUUUCUCCAUAUGCAAGAUUUCGAAACAUGUGACUUGCUUAUAGUAAUUGGUACAUCAUUACAGGUGCAACCAUUUGCUAGUCUAAUCGAUAGUGUUGGUUCAAAGGUUCCACGUCUAUUAAUCAACCGUGACGCUGCUGGAGUGUACGGUGUCGCCGGAUAUGGUUUUGAUUUUAAAGGGAAGUAUAAAUACGUGAGGGAUGUUUUCUAUAAGGGUUCAUGUGACGAGGGAGUGCGCAAACUUGCCGAAUUGUGUGGAUGGAAGGAUGAAUUAGAGACACUGCGCGCUACCGGUCAUACUGAAUUGAGAAAACAAUAUGGUUUACCUCCUAGUAUUUCCUCUCAGCUAAAGAAAGAAGAUAUUGGAGUGGAGAUAUUAACCGAGGAAUUUGAGAAGAAAGCUGUAAUUAAAGAUACUGAGAAGGAUAAAGAAGUGGUAAUCAAAGAAUCGACAAAAGACGUAAAUAUAAUAACUCCGGGAAAUCCGGGAGAACGCAUUAAGGAAGAACACAUUAAGAUAGUAGAGACGAGGACAGAAGAAGGAAAUCGAACAACGGUAUCACUUGCAUCGGAAGUCGAGAUCUCGACAGCUAAAUCUGCUGAUAUUACAAAGUCUGCCGACUGA